AUAAAAUGCAGCAUGUGAUGGGCGCGGCAUUUAAAUUAGCCGGGCUGCUUAGUUUUUUUUAAGCCUUGAUAUUGGGUGGAGUGCUCUUUUGGAACUUGGGAAAAGUAUACAUGAGAAUGCGCAAUCCACUUAAACCAAAGAGUAAACGUCGGCAGUUCGUCGAACUCCAAGACGAUCGUGGGUUCUCCCCGGCUCAAUUUGAAACGCCAGAAACCCCAAUUCCCUGGAAGGCUAUUGGUUUGGCAACAUUACUCUUCAGUGUCGGAUCACUUUUGAUCGUUAUCGGAGCACUGAUCAAGACUGGUUUUAUUACAUCUGAGGUUUGGCUCAGUCGAGGAUUGCCAUUCCUCAUUCUCGGUAGCAUCAUGUUUAUUCCAGGCAAGUGCUUACCAUUUGUAUCUUGCUUACUACGCAUAUUACAAGUAUCCCGGAUACGACUUUGCAAUGAUACCUGAUUGGGAUUAGUCAUUCUAUGGCAAGUUCUUGGAUUGAAUCACUACAACACAGUGGCCAAACAAAUGUUAGACCAUAACCUCAACCGCUUCCCGACUCUCAGCAACCCCCUCCCCUCCUCCUCCUCCA